AUGGCGCAUCCGCAGCAGGUCUUUGCCCCUGGGCGCGAUGACCGCCGGCCUUUUCAGCAUUCGCACACGCCUUCCGAGCAUGCCGCGCUGGUUCAGUCGCGCGAGACGGGUGACGUCCUCCCCGACGACACCCUCGUGCCCAGGGGCCAAGUCAAGGCGCUGCCUUUCGCCAAGUCUUGGGUGCACUUUAUGGCCGGAGGCAUUGGAGGCAUGACGGCCGCGACGCUCACCGCACCGCUCGACGUCCUAAAAACCCGACUACAGUCCGAUAUUUACCAGGCCCAGCAGCGCGCGGCGCAGGCCAUGCAGAAGCAGGCCGCGCGGAACCCCGUAUCGGCCGCCCUUUACCACCUCGGCGAUACGCUCAACAUCUUGCGCACCGUGCAGCGCACCGAGGGCACCAAGGCGCUCUUUAAAGGCCUGGGACCCAACCUUGUCGGCGUCGUGCCCGCGCGCGCCAUCAACUUCUACGUCUACGGCAACGGCAAGCGCAUCCUCGCUGAGCGCUUGAACAACGGGCAGGAGGCGCCGUGGGUGCACAUGCUGGCGGCCGGCGCGGCGGGCAUCGCGACGUCGACGGCGACCAACCCCAUCUGGAUGAUCAAGACGCGCAUGCAGCUCGACAAGAAUGUGUCACAGCGCAGCGGCGCGGAGGUGCGCCGGCAGUACCGCAACAGCUACGACUGCGUUCGUCAGAUUCUCCGGGACGAGGGUGUCCGCGGCAUGUACAAGGGCAUGAGCGCGAGCUACCUGGGCGUGGCCGAGUCGACGCUGCAGUGGGUGCUGUACGAGCAGUUCAAGGCGUACCUGGCACGGCGGGAGCUGCAGAUUGAGCGCAGCGGGCGCAAGAAGACGGCCUGGGACCGGUCAGUCGAGUGGACAGGCAACUUUGGCGCCGCGGGCGUCGCCAAGUUCGUCGCGGCGGUGCUGGCCUACCCGCACGAGGUGGCGCGCACGCGGCUGCGGCAGGCGCCCGUCGCCGACACGGGCCGGCUCAAGUACACGGGGCUUGUCCAGUGCUUCCGGCUGGUGUGGAAGGAAGAGGGGCUCAUGGGCCUCUACGGCGGCCUGACACCGCAUCUGCUGCGCACGGUGCCGAGCGCGGCCAUCAUGUUUGCUAUGUACGAGGGCAUCCUCCGCCUCUGCAACACACCGGCCUAG